AUGGGCUUAGACUUAAGAAGUCCUAUAGAAGAUGGUGUUGAUGAUGAUAUAAACUCGACUGAAUAAUUAAGCGAGGAUUCCGUUGAAUCAUUAGAGGACUUCCUUCCUAAAAUUCAUCAAAAAUCAAAUCCGUCUUGCAUUAUGGAAGAAAAGAUAAUUCAGUAUCUCAAGCAGUUAAAUUUGUUAUUUAAAACUGAUCCAAGAAAAAAAGAGUUUGAAUAUUAUGAGAAAUAAAAAAAAACUAUACCUGAGUUUUUAGGUUCUGUUGAGGGCUCGCCUGCUAUAAAAAGUAUCAAAUUAAAAACUAAAUAAAUGAUACUAUAAAAAAAAAACUGA